AUGACUACUAUAAGGGCCAGUUCGCUAUUUUUUAAAAAUGCAAGAAAUUUAAAUUGUAUAUUCAUCAAUUGUAUUGGCCAAAAAUGUGUCUUUACGCCUUAUCAUUUUAGGAAUCUCCGCAAUCAACUCUUAAGCUCCUCACUUACAAACAUUUCUGUGCCAGCGACCGUGAAUGCUUGUAGAUUAUACACCAACACCAGCGUAAAUCCUUUACGGAAUGUAUUUGUUUCCAGUCAAUUUGAUAAACCCAUUGCUUUUUGGCUUAUGGGUUGUUCAUCUCUGACAUUAGCAAUAAUGUUGUUAGGAUCAUACACCAGAUUAACUGAAAGCGGCCUUUCAAUGACGGAAUGGAGUCCGCUUGGCUCUGGGUUACCAAAAACAGACGAAGAAUGGCUGAAUGAAUUUGACAAGUACAAAUCCACCCCGGAAUAUCGCACGGUCCACACAAAUAUUUCUAUAGAUGACUUUAAGGGCAUUUACUUCAUUGAAUGGAUGCAUCGUCUUGUGGCUCGAUUGACUGGCUUGAUUUACCUUGGAGGAUUUGCAUAUUUUACAUACGUUAAGGCAAUAAAACCUCCACUAAAAAAGUCACUACUGGCUAUUGCAUUAUUAGGUGCAUCUCAAGCGUUAAUUGGUAUGGUCAUGGUCAACAGUGGCCUUAAAGAACCGAAAGAUGAACAAAUUGUAAGGGUUUCUCCAUUAAUAUUAUCGUUCCACUUUUUAAAUGCGCUUGGCAUUUAUUCACUAUGUUUCUUGAAUGCGUUAAGUUUACUAAAACCAAAUAGCGCCGUUGACACAGCUAAUAAAUUAAAAGAUUUAGACAAUUUAAAGUUGAUUAAAAAAUUGACAUAUUUGUUAAGUGGAGUAACUUUGGUUACAUUAUUUAGCGGCUCAAUUGUCGCUGGUAACGACGCAGGAUUCAUAUGUAAUACUUGGCCUAAAAUUAAUGAAAAGUUUGUCCCAGAUGAGUUCACACCUUUAAAAACUGGUCUUAAUGGUUUCAUGUCUGACCCAGUGAUCAUACAAUUCAACCACAGAUCCAUGGCAUAUCUAACAAGUUUUUCAUCGCUAGCUCUAGCAUUUGCUACAUUCAAGUCAAAAAAUUUGCCACCUAAGAUCAAGAAAAGUGUUAUAUAUGUUCUACUUUCAGUGCUAGUACAGGUUAUAAUUGGGAUCGACACUUUAUUGCGGGGAGUGCCAGUAUACAUGGGCGUGGCACACCAUUUGGGAGCUUUAUCUGUUUGGACUUGUUUAUUGCAUUUGUUGAAGCGUUUUUAA